AUGGCGGAAACUCACCAGUUCGAUGCUGGGCGGCUGUUCUCGGUCAAGGGAUUCGUAUGCGUUGUGACCGGCGGUGGUACCGGAAUUGGCCUGAUGGCUGCGCAAGCUCUCGCUGCCAAUGGUGCCAAAGUCUACAUCACUAGCCGUCGCAUGGAAGUCCUCGAGACUGCUGUCAAGGAACACUCUCCCGCACAUGAACGCGAGACUGGCGGUUCGAUCGUUCCCAUCGGUCCCUGUGAUGUCACUAAAAAGGAGGAUCUCCAAAAGAUCGUUGAAGAAUUGAAAGGCAAAGAAGGCCACAUCGACGUCCUGGUUUGCAACGCUGGUGUUGCGGGACCCAAGGCCAACCCGAGUGAGGAGAAUGCCGAGGACCUCAAGAAGCAACUUUGGGACAAUGAGAGCGUGGAAGAAUGGGGUCAGACCUACCAGUCCGAUGUCACAAGUGUUUACUUCACCACCGUCGCGUUUCUCCCGCUGCUGCAGGCUUCUAUGAAAGAAGGCGGCGGCACUAAGGAACGUUUCCAUGCAUCAGUCAUCACUACCAGCAGCAUGAGCGGUCUGAUGCGUCACGCCCAAGGCCACUUCAGCUACAAUGCCGCCAAAGCCGGAUGUGUGCACCUCACCAAGCUAAUGUCCGCCGAAUUCCAACGCGCCGGCAUCCGGGUCAACUCCAUCGCGCCAGGCUAUUUCCCCAGCGAAAUGACCGCCAAAGAGAGCAACGAGCGCAACAAAUCCAAGUUCCCCGAGGGCAAAAUCGAAUCCACCGGCCAUGUUCCGCUCGAGCGCGAGGGGCGCGAGGAGGAAAUGGGCAUGGGCAUGCUUUUCUUGGCUAAGUGCGGUUAUCUCAAUGGACAGAUCAUCGCCAUCGAUGGCGGCGUGCUCAAUGUUGUGGGCGGGAACUAA